GGUCGCCCUGGUGGAACGAAUUCCUCCUCCGACUGGCCUAUGGGCGUGCCUGGAUGCAGCCACACACUGCAUUCUGCCUCGGAUAUUCCUCUGAUCGAGUCUAGAGGCAUACCAAGGUGCUGGUGGCCUGCUAGCGGACCCAUCCUGACCCAUACUGACCCAUACUGACCCUGCCGUUUGUCUGGGUCUCGCUACCAGUGGAUUGUGGUUGGUGGACCCGCCAUCCUCAAUCCUGGGCCGUCAACUGAUUGCUGCGUUGCGUUGCGUUGCGUUGCCGUGCUCUCGCCUCGCUCUUCUGCCAUACUACUUCUCCUCUCUCGCCUCCACUCAACAACUCUCACCACCAAGAAUCGCGAGACUCGAACACCAAAGUCACCACCCAGCAGACAAAGGAAAAUACAACGGCUAUCCGUGCAUAUACGUUGCAGAUACACAAACAUACACACGCUCGACGCCAUCCGAGCGUAGACACGAGGGAGCAAGGAAAUCGAAACCUGGGAAUCUACGCUACCAGUUGAGCGUCACCUCCUCAGCUCUGGAUUCAGCCACGGCGUUUCGUGCAUACCUGCGAAUGGACUCAUAAUCGCUGGCAACCCCGAUCUGAUUCCCAGCUGGAUCUUUCCGGACUGUUGGCCAACGACAUCGAGUCCAUCUACAUCACUUCACGAUGUUCGAACACUUUACUUUUGGCGCCCAGGCGCAAACCAGAUACCUGGACCCAGAAGAUAUAUCUGCCUCGCCGACAGACUGUUCUUUCCCAGUCACGUCUCCGGCUCCAACAUCUUACUUCCCUUUAACAGGGCCAAAAGGACCUAUGAACGAUAUCGUCGACAGGUUCUCCCAGCAGACAUUAAUACCAGACGAGGCACCCCACCGCUCGAUAUGGAACGACUCACUGCCGAGUCCAGACUUCUCCAGCGACAUAUCAAUCGACGAUGACUUCACACCAGACGAAAUGACAUACGUGUCUACGACCCGGGGGACAGCAACCCUCCCAUCCUCAUCCUCCUCCAUCACCUCAACAUCCUCCCUCCCAAAUUUGCCACAUCCCCGAUCCAGCACCAACACCAACACUGUAGCCUGCCGGCGUCUCCAACGCCAACUCAACGUCCAACUCCAAUCCUGCACCACUCACAUCAAAGACAUUUCCACCCUCGUCGAAGACCUACUCGCAACCAACACCCAAUGCCGGCUGCACAAGGCGCCCUCGCGACCUUUACUCUCCAGCCAGUCACAGGCACAGACAACACAGCCGCCCCCACCACCCAGCGGGCUCAUCCCCUCUAGCAAAGUAGAGCUCGACGCCGAACUGGCAAUCGAUUCGCAAACACCAGUCACAACGAUUGAUUUUGCAGAUCGAGCCAUAAGCCCCGAUGAGGACGAGGGAUUUGCCGAGAUGGAUGACCCAUAUGGGAUCUUGGCAUUCGAGGAGGAGAUGAGUCUCAGGAGGGCGAGUGCACCCUCGGGGAUUAGAAAGUACAAUGUUGUAAGGUGGAGGAAGAGCGUCGAGUGUAUGGGCGCGAGGGAUGCUUAUACCUAUUCGAAUGGGACUUGGAAUGGAGGUUCGACCUUACCGAGGACGAAGGUUAGGAGUGUGCCCAGGAUGAGGAGAAGGAAGGUUGAUAGAGUGGUUGGAUGAGUUGAUGGUGUUUUGGUUGGUCGGUCGGUGUAUGAGUUAGCAGCUGCUGGGUUGGAUUUGGAGUACUGGUAUAGGUAUAGGUCUAGGUAUAGGUCGAUGGGGGCGGGAUAUCCAAAAAUUCGGUUUGAGAAGGAAGGCAUAUCAUAUCACAUCAUAGAUGGGCGUCUUGGGCGGUCAAGUCAAGUCAGGUUGGGACUUGGGGAAUGGCUUAGUUUAGGUACAUGGCCUUUGAGGAGAAACAGGACAUCUCCAAGGAACAAAGGAACAAAGGAACAAAGGGAGGCCGCAGUCACGCGGCCGGUAAAUUGAUGGAAGGGUAGCGAAGAUAUCACUGCCCAAGAGAAGAGAAGAGAAGAGAAGAGAAUACAAACAAGGCUACGGUCUGUAAAUGUCUAUACAGAGAUCUAAUUGUGAUAAUCUAUUUAGUGUCUGGCAAGACAUGCAUAUAUGUAUGCAUGCAAGCAUGCAUUCAUUGCCGUCAGUCAGUCAGUCAGUCAUCAUCGACUGCAGUAUAUGUAUGUAUAUAUGUAGCUUUGAUCGAGGUUGAUGGUGAUGAAUUACAUGCAAUGAAAUAUAUCACAUCAUAU